AUGCAUAGGACUAAAAAUAGGAGAAAUCCAGCCUUGCUUAACUUUUUAACUGCCCUUGUGGCAAGUAUCUUUCUCUAAAAUGCUGGAUAUAAAUUUUGUCAUUUUAUAUAUAAAAAUUUGAAUUUAAAUUCAGUGGGAGAAAUUCAUAUACAAAUGAGCUCAGAUUUUAAAUAAGAUGGAACUCCAUUUACUAAAUUGUUUUAAAGAUUAGAAAAAAUUCAUCAAUCCCCUGUUUUUAACGCUGAUUGUGUCCAACACCAAGAUGAUGUGUAUAUAAAAGACCAGUCCCCUGAAUAAGUCUGUAAGAAAUUGGAAUUCACUCCAUGUUUGAAGUCUCCUAAAUCAAUUUCAACCUUAUUCUCCAUUAAAUCAUUAGACAACCAAAAAGGCAAAUAUAUUCAUUAUUUCUCCUGCCAGAUAAAUCAACUUUGA